AUGGUCACUGUAGAAUCUCAAGCUUCGGCUGGCGAGGUGGCAAGCGAGGCUGAAGAGGUCAGAGUGGUCUCAUGCAUUCUGAACCGAAAGCAGAGCAGGGUGACCGUGACCGGCCAUGCGGAGCCAAAGAAGUUCCUGAACAAGGUGAAGAGCCCCGGGAAGAGGGUGGAGUUCUGGCCUUACGUCCCUUACAAUCUGGUCUACUACCCUUACGCAGCUCAGGCGUACGACAAGAGGGCCCCCUCCGGGUUUGUCCGCAAUGUGGACCAAGCCGUGCCGAGCCCCGGUGCACCUGAGGAGCAGUUUACAUCACUCUUCAGCGAUGACAACCCAAACGCCUGCUCUAUCAUGUGA